AUGCUCGACAAGUCUUUAAAAUCUAUCCUUCCUUUAUUGGAUAGCGGCGAUCACUACGGCGCUCAUCAACGUACUAGAACUGCCGCUGCCAGGUUAUCCAGGAAUGGCAUUCAAGGUCAAUAUACUGCUAUCGAAUUGCUUUUCAUCGUUUCAAAGUCUUUACUCGAAAAGUCUCAAUGGGCUUCCGGCGUAGACGUUUCUAUCAUGAUGAUUGAUGCUAUGGCUAAAUUAGAGGCUCCUUGGGAGCCUACUCACAAAGCUCACGUUACUCAAUUGAUUGGAUUAUGUACCUCUCAAUCUACUUGGAGGAAAAAGCUUAUCGACGCUGCCAUAUCUUCCAGCGCGAAAUCUUUCAAUAUACCCUCCGGUCAUCCUGAUAUUCUUCAAUACAUAGGUAAUCUCUACUACAAAGAAUCUUCAUUUAACGUGGCAGAACAUUACUUGAUGCUUGCUUCAAAAAAGGAAUCUGCUACAAUCCUUGCUAAAAUGUACAUGCAGUGGGCACUUUCCAACAAUCAAUAUCAUGACGAUGUCGGCCGUUUUGCUUUGAGAGGUGUUCUUGGUUUCAUAUUAGCUGAACAAGUCGAAUGUGCCAUUACUUUUACUCUUAACUUUUUAAUAGAGUUACAAUUAUCUCAUCCUAACACUAUCCUUGAAUCUCAACCUCUUGAUGGCAUAACUUUAACACAAUCACAUACCCUAAACUUCGCCCAACUAAUCAUUGCAUGCAUUCAAAGGAGCGGUACAUCAAAUAUUGCACAGGAGUGGAAGUCAUUGGUAGAUUAUUAUCGAAACUCUAGUUCCAUUGUAAACACUCAACCUGUUACUCAAGCUUGUGCAAAGAUUGGUUCUCUCUACUUUGACAUCAAACCAAUGCAGUCCAGUGGUAACAUGAUGGAUAUCAUGUCUUCUUUGCUCGGUGGUGCCCCUGCUCAAUCAAUUUCCAAACGUAAGUUGGCAAAUACGUCAGUUGGUGAAUUAGAUUAG